AUGCACCACUCUAUUUGGACCAAGGAGACGCGCCGAUCCCCAUACCCCUUUCCCUUCCCACAUCCCCUUUCCCUAACCCCAUCCGCCUUCCCCUCCCCCAUCCCCCUUCUCUUUCCCCAUCCCCCUUCUCUUUCCCCAUCCCCCUUCUCUUUCCCCAUCCCCCUUCUCUUUCCCCAUCCCCCUUCUCUUUCCCCAUCCCCCUUCUCUUUCCCCAUCCCCCUUCCCUUCCCGCAUCCCCUUUCCCUUUCCCCAUCCGCCUACCCUUUCCCCAUCCCCUUCUCUUUCCCUAUCCCCCUUCCCUUCCCCCAUCCCCCUUCCCUUCCCCCAUCCCCCUUCUCUUACCACAUCCCCUUUCCCUUCCCCACACCCUCCUUUCCCUUCCCCCAUCCCCCAUUCCCUUUACCCAUCCCCCAUCCCUUCCCUGCAUCCUCCUUUCCCUUCCCCCAUCCCCCUUCCCUUCCCCCAUCCCCCUUCCCUUCCCUCAUCCCCCUUUCCCUCCCCCUCUGCUAUCACCUUCUUUUCUCUUUCUGCUACCACCUCCCUUCCCCCUCUGCUGUCACCUCUCAUCCCGUGAUACCACCUCCCUUCCCCCUCUGCUGUCACCUCUCAUCCCGUGCUACCACCUCCCUUCCCCCUCUGCUGUCACCUCUCAUCCCGUGCUACCACCUCCCUUCCCCCUCUGCUGUCACCUCUCAUCCCGUGCUACCACCUCCCUUCCCCCUCUGCUGUCACCUCUCAUCCCGUGAUACCACCUCCCUUCCCCCUCUGCUGUCACCUCUCAUCCCGUGCUACCACCUCCCUUCCCCCUCUGCUGUCACCUCUCAUCCCGUGAUACCACCUCCCUUCCCCCUCUGCUGUCACCUCUCAUCCCGUGCUACCACCUCCCUUCCCCCUCUGCUGUCACCUCUCAUCCCGUGCUACCACCUCCCUUCCCCCUCUGCUGUCACCUCUCAUCCCGUGCUACCACCUCCCUUCCCCCUCUGCUGUCACCUCUCAUCCCGUGCUACCAGCUCCUCCCAUGAAGCCAACACUUCGCCAACCCUUUCACCUUUUUCCCCUGCUUUCACACACUAUUCCGCCAAGCAAUCACUUCCCCAAUUCCUCCCUGCCUCCUUUCUUUCCCCAUGCCAUGCCUCCCCUCGCUUUCCUCCCAUGCCUCAGCUCUGUUUUCCCACUUGUCUCCCCUCUGCUUCCCCCCUUUCUCCCCCCUGUUGA